GAAACUUGUCUUUAGGGCUUAGAAUGUCAUAAUGCUAAUGGGAGCGGAAAAGCAAACAGGACCAGAUCAAGGCUCUAACACCCCCGGAGGACCCUUUUCAACGAGCAAUUCGUUACUUUCACGUGCAACCCAGGGCUUAGCGCUCUCAUAGAAAUCCCUGAGAAUGACCUCGGGAGUGUAAGCUAGCUAGCCUAUAGCCCAUGACUCACGUCUUAUACCCCGCUGGAACCCCAGUGAAGCAAGCUCUCAGUUAGGAACAGCCUCCAUGCGACUACAAUAGCACUCUUUUCUGAGUAUCAUCAAAUUUCUGCUUUUUUGAUCUUUGUCUGAUUGUUGAGUGUGAUAAUCAACUGCAUUGCCAUCUAUCUACGUUUUCUUCCACCUCAGAUAGCUUAAACAGUCAAAUCAAAAUGGAAGCUAUCUUUGGCCAAAUCAGACAAAUCGCCAAUACACUUGGUGACACGGCGAAGUCAUCCUUAAUCCGUGAUCUUCAUACUUUAGCACAUUCGCUAGAAAGCGUGGAUGACACUGUGAAAAGAAUAAGCCACUUGCAUGAAGAAGCUGCGGUGAUUCGCGUCGGUAUCGAUCUCAAACUAUUCGACAUACUGGAGGCUCGCAGAUCUCCACUCAGUCUUGAUGAAAUUGUCAAAACUACUGGUGGUGAUAGCCAACUUAUUGGGAGGUUGAUGCGAUUUUUAGCUUCAGUCGCUGUAAUCGAAGAAACUGGUAAAGAUGUUUUUUCUGCUACUAAUGUAACCAAGAAUUUGGUGGUUGAAGGGAGUCAAGCCGGUGUUUGCCACGGGUUUGAGACUUCAGGACCAAUGUAUCAAAUGCUACCAGAGUUCCUGAAGAAAACGAAUUAUCAAAACCCAAAAGACCCUUUUCAUACGGUUUUUCAAGAUGCAUUUAAUUUUCCCGGGUCAGCUUUUGAAUGGUUUGGCCAGAAUCCCAAAAACCUUAGAUAUUACCAAGAGUAUAUGGCUGGUCGUCGUCAAAGUGUACAAGAGAUGUGGAUGUCAGUUUAUCCAAUCGAAUCCGAGACAAAAGAGCUUGAUCCGAAGGCUCCGUUACUUGUUGACAUAGGUGGAAAUAUCGGCCAUAACUGCGUACACUUCAAGACAAUGUUUCCUAAUAUUCCUGGUAGAAUCAUUCUUCAAGAUCUGCCAGAGAACAUAAAGGCCGCUCUUUCAACACCGGGAAUCGAACCAAUGGUUUACGAUUUCUUCAAACCACAACCUAUCAAAGAUGCAAAGUAUUACUAUUUGGCUCAUGUUCUUCAUGAUUGGCCAGAUGAUAAGUGCCGCGAGAUUCUUGAGAAUACGAAAGCAGGUAUGGGUGAAAAUUCGGUCAUUCUCAUUGAUGAAAUGAUUCUGCCAGAUACAGGGGUCUCUAUGAAUGUGACUACGAUUGAUCUCGAAAUGAUGUGUGCACAUGCGUCUCAGGAAAGAACACAGUCGCAGUGGGAUAAUCUCCUCGCUACAGUGGGACUCAAGAGAAUUGAAACUUGGGUUUAUAAUGCUCCUGUAUAUGAGAGUGUGAUGAAAGUUGUUCAAGUUUAGGAAUUUGAAAAGACCAGCCUUUUCUGCGUUGAAAUUAAUACCUUAUUUUAUCUA